UGUCGCGUCGGCGGCAUGUUCGGCUGCCUGGUGGCCGGGCGGCUGGUGCACGACUCGGUGCAGGUGUCCUCGGAUAAGUUCGUGUUCACGCUCCCGGACUAUGAGAACGUGAACCACGUGGUGGUGUUCAUGCUGGGCACGGUGCCGUUCCCCGCCGGGAUGGGCGGGGCCGUGUACUUCUCGUUCCCGGACCCGGUGAGCGGCGGCCCGGUGUGGCAGCUGCUCGGCUUCAUCACUAACGACAAACCCAGCGCCAUCUUCCGGAUCUCGGGGCUGAAGGCCGGGGAGGGCGGGGCGCACCCCUUCGGCUCCGUGGCCCCGGCGGCCUCGGCCUCCGUGGCGCAGGUCGGGGUGUCCGUGGAGGCCCUGGACCAGCUGGCCCAGCAGACCCCGGUGUCCGGCGCCGCCGUGUCCACGGUGGACUCCUUCCUCCACUUCACCCAGAAGAUGCUUGACAGCCUCUUCAACUUCGCCGCGUCCUUCGCGGUGACGCAGGCGCAGAUGAACCCGAACCCGACCGAGACCUUCAUCCCGUCCAGCUGCGUCCUCCGCUGGUACGAGAACUUCCAGAGGCGCCUGGCCCAGAACCCGAACUUCUGGAAGACCUGAGGGACCAGACGACACCCCGAGACCAAAGAGGAGGCCGAACCGGUGCGCAGAGUCCGAGACCGAGACCCGUGAACCGGACCAAGGACUGUGUAGAACCUGAACCAGGUGGAUCCACUGAGAUAGAGCUUUUGUUUUGUUUUUCUGUAUUAA